UCCUCGACGGAGUUGAAAUUCUGAUCAGACGAAUAUUCAACUUGCCGCGCUACACAAGCCGGUUGCUUCGCUCCUCUUAACGGUUUUAAAGUUCUUAAACUUAACGUUCAUUCAACAUGCCGAACUUGGCCAUCACUAAAGUACUGGUUGCGGAUGCCGUCGAUCAAUCAUGCGUCGAUUUACUCGUGAAAAACGGCAUUCAGGUCGAUUGCAAGUACAAACUGCCCAAGGAAGAGCUCAUCAAGCAGAUUCAAAAUUACGAUGGUAUUAUCGUGCGUUCUGAUACGAAAGUGAGCGCUGAUGUUAUCAACGCUGGAUCUCGCCUGAAAGCAAUCGGCAGAGCCGGUGCCGGCGUAGAUAACAUUGACAUUCCGGCAGCAACCGCAAAGAAAGUAAUUGUUCUCAACACACCUGGUGGUAAUGCAAUCAGUGCUUGCGAGUUGACUUGUUCUCUGAUCAGCACAUUGGCAAGAAAUGUAGUUCCUGCUGCGGCUAGUCUCAAAGCAGGCCGUUGGGACAGGAAAUUGUAUUCCGGACAUGAAUUAGCCGGUAAAACACUGGCGAUUGUUGGGCUUGGAAGAAUUGGUAAAGAAGUCGCCAUUAGGAUGCAAUCUUACGGCAUGACGACAAUUGGUUUUGAUCCUAUUGUAUCCGCUGAAGAUGCUGCAAAGUUCAAUGUUGAAAAACUAGAACUCGAACAAAUUUGGCCCAGAGCUGAUUAUGUAACUGUUCAUACACCACUUAUUCCACAAACAAGAAAUAUGAUCAACAAAGAUGUCUUCGCUAAAUGUAAGAAAGGAAUGCGUGUGAUAAACGUCGCCCGAGGUGGAAUCAUCCAUGAAGGAGAUCUUUUGGAGGCUAUUGAGAAAGGACAAUGCGGCGGGGCUGGAAUUGACGUCUACGAAGAAGAACCACCGAAAAAUCCCAUCACUCUCAAACUCAUCCAGCAUGACAAAGUAGUGGCGACUCCUCAUUUAGGCGCUAGCACUGGUGAAGCUCAAAUCCGCGUUGCAGUGGAGGUUGCUGAGCAAUUCAUCGCGUUGACAGGCAAAUCAAAACAAUAUACUCAACUCACUGGGGUUGUAAACCCAGCUGUUAUGAAGUAAUACAACAUAAAACAUUGUUUUCAUGAAAAUUUAUAUUAUAAGACUAAAAAUUAA